AUGCAUUCAUCAACUCUCACACUUCUAUUGUAUAUUUUACCCCUAAUAGCUGCACUGACAGCUUGGGAUAUCUAUAAAGACGUCGGCCGCUUCCGGUAUCCCUGGCUGAAUAUGACUCUGAACAACCUUGAGUCUAUCUGCCACCGGAAAGACGGCGCAAGUUUGUACUCUUGUACGAUACAAUUUGACUUUUAUGACUAUAACACUGAAGGCGUUGUCGAUGUCAGUGGCGCGCGCUGCAAUGCGACCUGGCAAUGGGACGGGAUAACCCAUGAAAACGGGCCCAAAAACGGAUUUCCAAGCAACAACGCCAUCUGCUGGAGCACGCCCACGAACAUUUUUAUGUUCAAGGUUGUCGAGUUUCGAUCAGCUUCGAAUUUUGAGAUAUACGUCAGCCACUUGUAUCAAGACUCAAGGUUCUUCCAGCCGCCAUGGAACGGCCGCAAGGCCAUGGUUGAGAUUAAAAUUCCAGACGCCCAUCCAAUACCUCCUUUCGCUCCAUUCGUUCCUCCCGUUGAUCAGUUCGAGUUCAUCGCCACGGCAACAAUUUCAAAGCGCACAGACGGGUUGUCGUAG